AUGGGUCUUCGAAUAACGUCCAAACUGUUCUUAGCGAUUCUCUACCAUGCUACUGAAUUAUUUGUGCCAGCUACUGAGAAGAAAUCACAGAAGUCGUUCCUGCCACAGUAUCUAGACACGUGGAUGCACAAGGGAGAACAUCUUUGGAAGGAAGCGGAAAUUCCAGACACUAUGGAAAACUCGGAGUCUUUACACAUCAACAAGACACUUGAAUCUAGGCUACGUAAAUAUAAUGCUUCUGUCGGAGAAAGAAUAGUGUCGUUGAGCCAAAGCUGCAAGCUCUGUGCGCACCUGAGGAGAGGCCUGUCUCGACGCCAACACUCAACACGCAUCAUUCAACGCGGAAGCCAACACUUCGGCAAAGCCAGCCGACGUGUUGGCUUGCGUUUGAGACCCAUUUUGAAUCCCUUAUUGACUAUUCCCUUGUCGUUCAUAAGUAAGGUUGCUCAUGUCAUAAGCGGUCUACCGGGAUACUUCAACCUAAGCUUCAUGAAAUCUGAAGCACUUUUCAGGUGGACCCAGUCUUCAAUAACACCCAUACCGGAAAAAAGACCAUAUACGAAAGCUGAGAAUUUCAGACCGGAGGCAACGGUCACGGCGAUGGUGCAGGCGCUCAAUGACUGGACCGAAAAAUGGGAAGGGUUGGGAACAGUCCUCGAACAUGUUUUUUGCCUGGGAGGGCUUUGUUGUGCGGGUUCACUCGUUCUUUUCAAAGCCAAUAGUUGUGUCCACUGGUGGCGUCACGAAGACGCAUCUGCGCCACGGAACGCAUUCGAUAUAGUAGUUGAGUGGUUGCAGCAAUGGGAUUUGCCACUCUUUGAUGUGAAACCGAGUGUACUACACUCAGGAUAUAACGUUAGGCACCGCUGUGGCAUGAACGGCACAGCUUUUAGAAGGGCACGUGAAUUGACGAUAUAA